AUGCCCGAUAAGAGAAAGGCCACCAUGCCAACUCCAUCCUCUAAACGUCCUCGGAUAUCUUACGGUGAAGAUGAAGAUGACGGUGAACCCUCGGUAGCGCCCCUGGAGCGUCCCAGUAACAAUCCCUUCUACGGCCAGAAGGGCGCAUUCCCAGGUCUGGACGAUGGAGGCGAUGAAUUGCUAUACGGCCCCCGGAAGAUGGACUCGAAUAUCUGCGCAUGGUCCGGUAUAUCUGAAGCGAACUCACUGCCAGGCCUAUUCUCCGGGCCCGUUAAAGCGACAAACCUCCCAGAAUCACCAUCGAAUGUGCAAGUCGACGCAAAACCACCUAAAGCGCCUGAUACCCCACUCCCAGAAGUCUUCCUUGUGGACGACGCCUACAUCGCUCCCGUGGAGGAUUUGAACAAGAACAAGCUUGCACAUUCCUCUCUAAAGCUUGAUGAAAUCUACCCGGAGAUGCAAACAUCAUAUUACGGCCUGCUUCGACACCGAUUUCUCCUCUUGCGAUCGACUCUGCGAUGCAGCCCACCUGCUGAUGCUAUCAACGCCCUUGACAAUGAUCAUCCUAUCAGCCUGCCCCGAAAUGCCGGAUCUGCGCAUAAAGCAUGGCGUCGGCUCUUGGUCACAGUCGAUCCACAGAUGGUUCAACUGGCAUGCAUGGACAUGGAAAGCGUGUUAGCAGUACUGGAGAUACUAGCGCGGAUGGUGUCUGAUGUUGUGCGGAGUGAAGACGCCCAACGUGUACGGCGCAUUGGAGUUUGGGCCUGGGGCCUUUUGGGGAAGUGCUGGGAGGUUGGGCAACUUUCUAGCCAGGAAGUGGGGAUCAUUCGAAAUCUGGGCAAACGGGCCACGACUAUCUUGCACAAGGUGCAAGAGCUAGAGAAGCAGUUUGAAGAAGAGGCCGAUUGGUCGGAGUCAGAUUCACUAGAGGAUCAUCAGCAACGAACUCCCGUCGAGAAGGAGGCAGAGACCGAGGGAGACGCUCAGCCCGAAUCUACAGCCCAGUAUUCAGAAGAGACUAAGCAGGAAGUCCCACCGGAACCUACAGCUCGAGGGGAGAAGGAUACCACUCAAGAAGCUGUGUCGGAAUCUGUGGAAGCACCAGACUCGAGUAUGCCUGAUGCAUCGGUCGAACCGUCCGAGUUGGAGGCAGCCAAGGCGCGCUUGCAAGCUCAGCUGCAGAACAAUCCCGACUCUAUCCAGACGUCUGCGAACUCCGACUAUGAAGACUAUGAGGGUUAUAAUGAUUAUGAAGAAUUGACCAAACAGACUCAUGCCCUGCUUGAUAUGAUCAUCACUGUGGUGGGCGAGUUCUUUGGCCAACGGGAUCUAUUGGAGGCACGAGAUGUCUGGAUUUAG